AUGUCUCUUGUAGGCUGCGCCCGCCACCACACAGCACAGGCACAGUAACAGUCUGGGCAUUGUUUCCCACCAUGCGGUUUUAGUUAAUUUUAUUGCGCACUUUUUAGUUUUUCAUAUGAUGUCGUAAGUUGUAGGCUAUCUAUAAAGACUCUUCCUUGCAGCACUGGUAGACUUUGUGCUUUGCCGACAUAUAAACAAGUGGAAUAGUGUCCGCCAUAUAAUCCCGCAGCUGCGCGCUUUUUGAUAUUGUUACGUGAGUGUCUUCAGGAUUCAAACAUACUACAGCAGCAAGUUGGGGAACUGGACCGUAUUAGAACCAUGAGUAGCAGAAAAGAUGAUGAUAACCUCCUGAGAAUGACAAAGGAUGACCUGCAGCGCUGGAUCCAGGCAGAGGUGGAACGAAACCCUCAUCUGGUGCAGAGGCGCGAGCAACUGGUGCAGGUUGAGGAGUGGGUGAAGCAGAAGGAGAGGGAAUCCACUUACACCCACCUUCUGUAUGGCAAUGCCCAUGAGUCAGUCCUUGAGUGUGAGUCGGUGAUGAAGGGUCUUUAUGGAAUGCUGGGAUUGGAGUACCGAGACGAGGAUUCGGAGGAGGAAGGAGGAGGAGGAGAACCACUUGACGUCAUUCAUGUCACAGAUGAAGAGGAGUAUAGACAGGAAAAUAGUGUCUUCAAUGGAGAUGAUGAUGAUAUUGUUGUCAUUGAUCUGGGAGCCACCAAAGAAACCUUGGAACCAAUGCUUGAAAAGGUGACUGUGGCCAUUCAGAAGUCAUCCAGACUCGUUCAGGACUUAGUCCAUAUGGUGAACAAAACUUCCUUCAUAAGUGCUGUAUCACCAUCAUCAUCAUCGUCUGACUUCUCCAACAGACCCUCAUCAACCUCGACCCCUGAGACCAGCCGUUCUGAAUCUGUCACAUCAAAAAUAAUACCAUUAAAAAUGGAAAUACCUGAAAACUCUAUUGCAAUAGUUAAGACCCAAUCUCUAUCGAGAGCACCUGAAAUGUCCUCACUUCUCAGCAAUUCAGAACAAAAGAAAUCUAUUGCCUGUCAAAAGCCAGAUUCUAAACCAACAAUUAAGACUGAACCACAACCGACAGCAUUAACCCCUUGGGAAAUGAGCAUUUCAAACCAACAUGAAACUGCUGCUGGUCUUAACUGUCCAUCCUUAAAAUUAAUUAAGACUGAACCUCAAUUGACAGCAGUGAGUCCUUCAGAAACACUAGAAACAAUUGCCAGUCCUAAUUUUGGAUCCAUAGCAACAAUAAAGACUGAGCCUCAGUCGUCGGUAAUAAAGCCAGAAAUGACUUCGCCUCCAAGCAUUUCAAAACCUUUCAAAAUAUCAUCAAUUAAGACUGAACCUCAGCCGACAGCAUUAACUCCUGAAACAUCUUUGCUUGAAAGUGAUUUAGAACAGUCAAACAGCCUUAAUUCAGAUCACGAAGCAGCAAGUAACACUGGACUUACGUUGCUGGCAAUGUCUUCGGAAAUCCCUUCAUUUUCAGGCGACUCAGAACAAUUGAAAGUUCUUGCCUGUCCUAAUUCAGCAUCUGUAGCAUCAAAUGAGACUGAUCCUCAAGUGCCGCUAGUGACCCCUGCAGAAAUGUCUUCACCUCCAAGCAGUUCAGAACAAAUGGAAACUGCUGCCAGUGAGUCAACCACAGAGAUUCCUCCUGAAGUGUCAUCAUUGCCGAGCAAUUCUGAAGAAGCUGUAACUCUUGCCAGCCGUGACUCGGAGUCCACAGAUGAGACCGGAAAGCCAAAAACAAGGAGCAAAUCUGCCAAACCCUCUGUGCCCACAAUAAGUCCAACAACUAGGCUGAGAUCUUCAAAAAACACUGCGCCUGGUACUAGCACUUCCUGCCCACAAAGGGAAACAACAAGGGCAUCAUCGCCUGCAGAUAAUAAUAAUGACCCCUCUGACACAGAGGACCUGCCUGCUAGUCCUGCUGACAGUGAUUAUGAACCCCCUGAAUCACAUUCAGAGUCAUCGUCAGACAGUGAUUAUGAACCCCCUAAAUCACAAUCAGAGUCAUUGAUAGACAGUGAUCAUGAACCCCCUAAAUCACAGUCAGAGUUAUCGACAGAUACUACUGAUGAUACCGGCGGCAAUAAUGCUCCUGCAGAAUCUUCCAGUCCUGAUGAAAGUUCCAAGUCUUCAUCCAGUGAGUCCUCCAAGCCUUCUCAAGAACAUAAAGAGAUAAAACUCAAUGUCAGCAUGGGAGUUUUGGGGAAAAGGCAACACAACGUGUGGUGUAAAGGAACAGUACAAGAAGUCCAAACAGCAGAGGAUGGCCUCAGAUACAAGGUGGAGUUUAAGAGUGGUAAAGAGAUUGUGCUGCCUGCUCAUCAUGUGGCUUCUCUGAAGCCUCCCGUGCUUAAGGAUUUGUUUAUUGGCUGUCGUGUUGUGGCCAGCAGCAAAGAUGAUGAAGGAAAGGUCUCGUUUAAUGCUGCUGUGCUGGUUGAGCUUCCUGAGCGCAAGAAUCGCAUGAGGUUCUUGGUGUUUUAUGAUGAUGGCCAAACAGAUUACCUGGCACUUCCAGACUUUCAUGUUGUCUGCAAACAAUGUGAGAAAUUCUCAGUUAAAAAAACAAUUGAAGCCACGUCCUUAUGCAGUGGUGGUCCAGUGGAUGUUAGUGCCGGAUACACACACAAGAGGUUACCAACCACCUUGCCAACAGGGGUGUAUGAGUGUAACCCUCUGUGCCGUUGUGAUCCGAGAACAUGCAGCAACAGGCUGGUUCAGCAUGGUCUGCAGCUGCGGCUGGAGCUCUUCAUGACACAGCACAAGGGAUGGGGCAUCCGCUGCAAAGAUGACGUAGCCAAGGGCACAUUUGUGUGUGUUUUCACUGGUAAAAUAAUAAACGAAGACAGAAUGAAUGAGGAUGACACAGUGUCCGGCAAUGACUAUUUGGCCAACCUUGACUUCAUUGAGGGUGUGGAGAAACUGAAAGAGGGUUAUGAGAGCGCGGCGUACUGCUCGGACACAGAGGUCGAAAGCAACAAGAAGACCAUAACCAUGAAAACAGGGCCGUUAUGGAAAAACACUCUCUACCAAGAAGACUCUAGCAGUAGUGAAGAAAGAGAAGAACCUAUGGAGCUGGACACAGAACAAGAAAUGGAAGUGAGAAAACUAUCCCAUAAGCCACAUGAAACAUCUAAAGAUGCUCAGAAGAAAGUGACCAAACAAAUGAGAGAGGAUGGUCAAGAAACCUCGGGUCCAAAGCGUUGCUUUGCCAGAAAGUCAUUCCAGAGAAGAGUAAAACCACUAGUAACCACGGAUGCAAAGAACGAGAAAACGAGGACAGCUCUAACUGGCAACAACACCCGCAGACUGUUCAACGGCGAGGAGACCUGUUACAUCAUUGAUGCCAGACAAGAGGGCAACCUCGGCCGCUUCAUCAACCAUAGCUGCAGUCCGAAUUUGUUUGUUCAGAACGUCUUUGUCGACACACAUGACCUACGGUUUCCAUGGGUGGCGUUCUUUGCCAGCAAGCGCAUCAAGGCGGGUACAGAGGUGACGUGGGAUUAUAACUAUGAGGUUGGCAGUGUGGAGGGGAAGGUUCUGCUCUGCUGCUGUGGCUCUCUGCGGUGCACAGGAAGGCUGCUCUGAUAUACUGCUUUCAACAAAAAACACUAAAACUUUAAUAGAGGUGUUAUCAUUGUAAACAGUUUCACCAAGCCAUCAGAAACAUAGUUGUGACACUGUUCUGGAAGAGCAUUCCAAUCAUAACCCUUUGAAUAUGAAAAGAAUAAUAAAAUAUAUUCAAGUUUGUGUUGUUGCUUUUAUCGUUUUGUCUGUUUUUAUUGUUUUUAACCUCUACGAGUAUUGUUAAUAGCCACUUACUUGAUGUAAAUAAAAUUUGCAAAUAUCAAAAACGACUUUUUGU